AAGAUGUCUGACUUCGCGCAUGCUCAUUGGUAAGGUCUGAAGAUGGGGAAGAAACAGCAUCAGAAGGAUAAGAUGUACAUUACGUUUAGUGAAUGGACGUCAUUCUACGGAGGCAAGAAGGCUGGGGUAAGUGAAGGAGAAAAGGCCGCGUUCAGAAGACUUCCAUUUUAUUGCUGCAGGUUUUCUAGUUACCAGAAACUGAGAUGUGCACAGUACACUUGUUCGUCGCUAUUUACUAACCCGUUUAUCUGGUGUCUAUUUGUGUGGCUGUCUGUUUGUUUGUCUAUUUGUUUGUGUGUCAGACUGUCUAGUUGUCUGGUUGUCUGGUUGUUGUUUACCUGUUUUUUUGUUCGCCUGUCUCACUGCCCUAGAGGUCAGUAUCUAUGUACAUAUUUGAACAUAUUUGCAAAUACUUCUUCUUGCAGUAUUUCCAUGCAGCCUUUUGAGCACCCUUACUGCAGUCCAGAUGGCUUGGUGUUCGAUCUGCUUAACAUCAUGCCAUAUUUGAAGAAGUUUGAACACAAUCCAGUAACAGGAGAACCAAUGGAAGCAAAAGCAUUGGUCAAACUUACUUUCCACAAGAAUGCUGAUGGAAAGUUUCAUUGUCCUGUCACAUUCAAAGUGUUCAACGAAAAUACACACAUAGUCGCAGUUAAAACAACUGGCAAUGUUUAUGCAUACGAGUGCAUCGAACGUCUUAACGUGAAGCCGAAGAAUUUUCGUGAUUUACUCACAGAUGAACCUUUUUCAAGAAGCGAUAUUAUCGAUAUCCAAGAUCCUUCAAAUUUAGAUAAAUUUAAUCUAUCAAAUUUUCAUCAUUUGAAGAACAACCUGAAGCUGGAAGACGAGGAGGUUGCAAAGGCAAUGCAAGAUCCUUUGUAUCACCUGAAACGGCCUAAUGCAGAGACGAAGAUGAUUCUUGGGGAACUAUAUCAAGACUAUAAAGCUCCUGAGGUUCAAAAGGAAGCUAUCAAGGUGAAGGCUACCGACAGAACAGCGGCUCAUUACUCCACUGGAGCUGUUUCUCGUGCAUUCACAUCAACUUCUCAGCAAGUUGUUACAGAACACGAAGCCGCUGUCAUUGAUGAUACAACUCUAGUCUAUGCGGCAGUUUGCAAAAAGAAACUAAAGGGGUAUGUGAGAAUUAGAACAAGCAAAGGAGAUAUCAAUAUGGAGCUGCACUGUGACUUAGUUACUCAGACAUGUGACAAUUUUCUCAGACUUUGUAAACAAGGGUACUACAAUGAUACAGUAUUCCAUAGAUCAAUCAAGAAUUUCAUGAUCCAGGGUGGUGAUCCAACAGGAACGGGCAAUGGUGGAGAGUCAGCAUUUGGGAAAGCAUUCAAGGAUGAAUUCAAGCCAAAUCUGACCCAUACUGGAAGGGGUAUUGUAAGCAUGGCCAACUCGGGUCCCAACACAAACAAAUCACAGUUCUUCAUUUCCUAUAGAUCCUGUCGACAUCUCGACAAUAAGCACACCGUCUUUGGCAGGGUAGUUGGAGGAAUGGACACACUGACAGCCAUGGAGAAAGUAGAGACAGACAAGAAAGAUCGUCCCAAGGAGACCAUAAAAAUCAGAGAGGUAAUUGUGUUUGUAAAUCCGUUUGAUGAUAUCGAGAAACAGUUUGCUGAAGAAGAUGCAAAGAAACAGCAAGAAAAGCUUGCCAGUCAAGAUUCCAGACAUACGGAUGAAUUGUCAUCACAGCCAACAGCUAAGGUGUACAGAAAAGGUGUGGGAAAAUACAUCAAGCCAGCCUCAUCAUCUACCAGUGUCAAACGCCCAUCAUCACCUUCCUCGUCGAAUUCCUCAAAGAAAAGAGUAGUGUCAGGUGACGGAAGAUUCAAGGACUUCAGCAGUUGGUGAGGACCUGAAGACUCAAUCAGACCACAACCAGGUCAAACAAUGAGUUUCAAGAAUUGUGUAGAUAGAAAUGUGGUUGAUAGAGAGAAAGAGGGCGUUAUGGGAAUCACAAUGAUAAGGAGGCGUUGAAUGUGUAACACUGACCCAGCAGA